AUUCAACUAUAUAAACACUCUCAAAACCUCAACUAAUUAACCAUAAGAAAUCCUAAACUUAGAAAUGUCUAAGAUACAUUUGUUCCUCGUAUUAGCCUCCUUUUCUUCCUUCAUCUCCGUAGCCCUGUCCGUCAACCCUCCCGCCGCCGCCGGCGAAGUGAACCGGUGGUGCAGCCAAACCCCUCACCCCGAUCAAUGCAAGUACUUCCUAACCCAUAGCCGCCGCCAUUUCACGGCGCCCAAACGGAAGUCGGAGUUCAAGAAAAUGGCGACGGAAAUAGCCCUGGACACGGCGGUGCAGGCGGAGACGCACGCGAAACGGCUCGGCCCGCGGUGCCGGAACGCGCGGGAGAAGGCGGCGUGGGCCGACUGCGUUAAGCUGUACGAGGAUACGAUACUGCAGCUGAACCAAACGUUGGACGAGAAAUGCACCCAGUUCGACGCGCUGACGUGGCUGAGCACGGCGCUGACGAACCUGGAGACGUGCCGGACCGGGUUCGUGGAGCUCGGAAAUUCAAGAAACGUGUUGCCGCUCAUCUCUAACAACAAUGUCUCGCAGUUGAUAGGGAACACGCUGGCUCUCAACAACAACGGCUCCGUCCCCAAGCAGACCUAUAAGGAUGGUUUUCCGGCUUGGGUUUCGCUCGGCGACCGGAGGUUGCUCCAGGCAUCGUCCCCCGUCAAGCCGGACCUCGUGGUGGCUAAGGACGGCUCCGGGAACUACAAGACCAUCAAAGACGCCCUCGAUGCCGCCGGUAAGAGGAGCGGGAGCGGAAGAUUUGUUAUACAUAUAAAACGCGGCGUUUACAAUGAAAACCUUGACAUUGGGAACAAACUGAAGAACAUAAUGCUUGUUGGUGACGGAAUGAGAUAUACUUACAUCUCCGGCAGCCGGAGCGUCGUCGGUGGCUCCACCACCUUCAACUCUGCAACUGUUGCGGUGACCGGGGAUGGGUUUAUAGCACAGGGCAUAACAUUCCGGAACACCGCCGGGCCGGAGAACCACCAGGCCGUGGCGUUGAGGUCCGGCGCCGAUCUUUCCGUCUUCUACAAAUGCGGAUUCGAAGGCUACCAAGACACCCUCUACGCCCACUCCCAACGACAGUUCUACAAAGAUUGUUACAUCUACGGAACCGUCGACUUCAUCUUCGGAAACGCCGCCGUUGUUUUCCAGAACUGUAUGAUAUACGCAAGGAAGCCGAUGGACAAGCAGAAGAUCACCAUAACGGCCCAGGGCCGGACCGACCCGAACCAGAACACCGGAAUCUCUAUCCACAACUCGCGAGUCAUGGCGGCGGCGGACCUCAAGCCGGUUUUGAGUUCCUUCAAGACUUUCUUGGGUAGGCCGUGGAAGGAAUAUUCUCGAACCGUUUUUCUUCAGACGUACAUGGAGUCUGUAGUUGACCCGGCAGGUUGGCUCGAGUGGGACGGCCAGUUUGCGUUGAAGACGCUGUUUUAUGGCGAAUACAAGAACUCUGGACCGGGUUCGUCGACGGGUCAGAGAGUCCGGUGGGGUGGCUACCGCGUUAUCAGCAGUGCAAGUGAGGCGGCCCGGUUCAGCGUCGAGAAUUUUAUCGCGGGCCGGUCGUGGUUGCCGGCGACCAACGUUCCGUUUAACGCUGGACUGUGAAAAUGGUGACUCAGUAUGUGCAAUAUCUUCUGUGUUUUAUAUCCUUUAUUAUUUUGUUUAGUUUUAUUUUAUUUCAUUUUUUUUACCGUCUUUAAUGUAUUUAUUGUACACUUUCACUUUAAUUAAUAAUGGAAUAAACGUUUUGAGUUAC